GUACUGUUACGCUAGGUCUACGCCAAAUGUAUAGUGAGCUCAAUGACCUUCGGUUCCCAGAAAACAAAGAAUAUUUGGACUGAAUUAGCACCAAGUUCAUUCACGCGUUCUGCAACGCUUAGUGCGGAAUGGAACAGACACAAGAUUGGUACUACUGCGCAUAUGAAAUUCCGUUUCGUGGAGUCUCCAUGGAAAACCCUACCGGGCAUUUGUCAUUGGCCCUGCGCAACAAAGGCGAGCGGCGCACAUUUGGGGCUGCUUUUACACGUGCUCAAGCCUAUGCUGGUAUGUCGCAUGCACCAGCUUCAUCGCGCCUUAUGGGGGUGCUUGCUGUUGUCCCCUGGCAGCUUAUCUUUCUCCCCUGUGUCACAGCGCGCGAUGGAAAGCAGGUUGAUUCCAACCACGUUCGCCAGAUUGUAAUGCAGUCGCUUCGUCGUACUGAUCCGGAUUUCCAACCUGCAUGGGCAUCCGGUCUACCGGGUUCCAUUCCUUUCGGCAAGAUCGAUUACAUCCUGGCAGUAGAUCGACACAAUCGCCUGUACAAGUUCGAUCCGAUCCGAGCGGUUUGGUUUUCCACCGUGGAUGGUGUCCGUCGUACGACCCGUAAUCCACUCCAAAGGGAUUAUCAACACCUCCCUCGAAAUCCUUCUUGCCUUAUCAUCUUUACCACAGAUUUCGAAGCGUAUGUUUUUCAUCUGUGUGCCCCCAGAUUGCCAUCGACCUCUAGGGAAAGCUGUGACCGUCCACUUCGGGACGAUCGUGAUUCCAAACGGAUAUUGCUUCGUUUUGUCGAACACUUGGUCUCACGCGUUUCCCACGUUCGCCGAGGCUGUGGCAUUGAUCUAGCCAUCGAGUAUCUCAAUAGCGAGGAGGUGUUCCCGUUGCGGAAGGAUCCCUCUCUCAAAGCCACUAACCCUCCCAACUCGUCACGAAAUCGAUCUAUAAAUCCGUUCAAUUUAUCCUGCUUAGUGGAUCCUUACAAGCAAAAUCCUACACUAAAUCCUUAUCGCCCCGUGAUUCGACAUCCCAUCCACCCAUCCACCUGGCUCCAACAGGAAUGGUUCGAAUGUCAACUUGGUAUGGACCACAAAGCAUGCGUGCGCCUUGACAAUACCGGGUUUUCCUACUGUCGCACUUAUCCCCUCCGGUUGUUAAGUGUUCCCUUCCAACAAUCGCUCUUUCGCAUUCGGAGCUAUUUCGAAGGACACCGGUUCCCUGUCUUGUCUUAUGCUCACUUCAUACAGCCUGUCAACAAUGCUUUGGAACCAACUGCGUCGGUUUGUUUUCUGAGAAGCGGAGCAUUGUGUGACAAUAUUGACCUCCGAGAUCUGAUAGAUUGCGGUUACAAAGAAAACAACACGCUCUUUCCUAUAUCUCCAACAAACCCAAUGAGCUCCAAGCGUGUGAUCCGCAUUGAGAUGAGGGAAAGCUCACUGGACAUUGCGGAGGAGGCGGUUACUUCCCUUCCUACAGUAUCGUAUCUGAACCUUUCAAAGUGCCAGACAGUUCCUGAAGCACCAUCCAAUACAUCGCCUUUUACCGCCUCAUCUUCUAUAGCGCCAACUCGCUUGCGUAGAUCUUUCCAAGAUUUGUAUGAACCGGCUUCUAGUACUUUGUGCAGUGAAUCUGGCUCCCUUGAUUCUGUUUCCCUAUGGCCAACUCCGACACUGGAGUGUUUUCAAAAGGCCUGGCUCCGCCUAGGAAACCUUGCCCGGUUACCUCAGCUUCACUUCCCAUCAGUAGACAAAUCUGCUUCAACUCUUUCUUUUAGCAACGGUGACGUCGCUCACUUUUCGAGAACUGCCUCUGCAGAUACCCUGAACGCGUGUGGUCGUGAAAUUCCUAUAGAAGUGGAAUCUUCCUGUUGGAACAGAGAGACGGAUUUUCCCAUGGAACCGUUUUUCGAUCCCCCUGAAAGUUUUCUCUCUCAUCGCCGGGUGUCAAAAAACCAUUCCAAAUUUCGCCACUCAUUCGCUCUGCUUCGUGACUCAACGGACAAGUAUACUGACUCUCUGGCUUCUUUGCCUUCCGCGACCCAGACGCCUGGAAUUCGCUUGCAGCGUGGCCUCAUCUCUCUGGCUUCUGAAACCGCUCCGCAUCGCUCUUCUUGGCAAACCUUUUUGAAUAAGAGCCAUUGGUUAUCCCUGGUAACCAUCUGCUUGAAACAGGCCACACAUUUGGCUGAGUGGAUUAGACAACUGGUCAUUGAUCCUGCAGCCUCCCGUUGCUCAGAUACGUACAUUAUCUUGACGGGCCCUGGAAGCGGUCGAAUAUGGCAACCGAUUAUCACCAGUCUCGUGCAGAUCAUUCUCCGACCUGCCACUCGUACUUUAUCAGGCUUUGAAGAUCUCAUCGAAUGCGAAUGGGUUCGCCUUGGAUAUCCUUUUGCGCCGGAUCCAUCGGACUGGUGUGAUCGGUCGGUUGCGGAUGAAUAUGAUGGUGGCGCGAGCUUCGGUCUAUUCAUCGAUUGCGUUCACCAGCUUAUGUACCAGUUCCCGGUGGAUUUUGCUUUUACCGAGGACUAUCUGGUACUCUUGCUGAACACCGCACUGAGUCGAGGAGGAGGUCUACCUCCGUUUGCCAUCGAGUUUUCCUGCUCCUGUGAGGCAGCCAGAUGUGUGAGCAUGAAAGCGAAGUUGUUACCUGAAGUGCAGGAACAGUCAGACAUGCUGUUCAAAGGAGAGGUGCUACGCUGUUUUCGUGACUGGCCCGAUGUGCUCACCCUCAACGGACUCCGAUUAAUAGCAAACUGGUGCUAUUGGUGGCAUUAUGCAACUGAGGGCUCUGCAUCCCAGUCAGUGGAACUGUUCCCGAUCACCUGCCCACCAGCGUACCCGCGGUGCUGGAUUUACGGCUGGUUCCGUUGGAUCCGUGCUCUUAGGCACUCCGGCGGUGGUGGAUACGCUUUUGAUGCCGCAUGGUUUCGUGACUUACUCGAUCCAAGCUCUAAACGCACCACACCCUCCUCUCUUCGACCGAAAACGAGCUGCUCUCCCUACACUGGUUGGAUGUCCGACGAGGCGAUCUUGAAUGCCGAAUCUCUGAAUGACACAGCUACGUUGGAUCUCAUGAACUCUGCGUUCAUCAAACGAUUCAUCAACGUGUUAAUUCAGUGGGAGCGUUCGCUCGGUUGAGAUAUGCUUCUGUUCUCAGACCCUUUGAGAAUCUCAUUCCACUCAUUUGCAUUCUUUCCACAUACACACGCAAUCAGCCCUAUUUUUGUGUUUGAGCGCCCAAUUCAGUGCUUUGGCUAGGACACCGAUUAUUCAAUUUAUUGAUGCUUUCAGUUUUUCUUAUUUCUUACUUUUAUCUGUAUGCUUUUUGUCAUGAUUUUCUCUGGUGACUUUCCAAAUCCAUUACGUCAGAAAACCAUUAUGGGUAACGGUUCAUUCUUUUCUGUAUAAACUGUCUAGCGUCUCCAGCUCGGACACUGUAAAGGCCACUCACCAUAUGACACUCAGAUGCGUUAUGCUGUGUGGAGUGAAUCUACCGUCGUGAACUGCGACACACCCCUUGCCUUAAAUAAGCAUCGUGAAAAAGUCCCUCCCAUC